AUGGCGACAGCUGCCAUGGCGCCUGGUACAGAGUUGCUGGCGCUGACAAUUGCCAUGGAGCCAGACAGGAGACGAGCGGUCUCCGACACGGAGAUGGUUCAAAUCAAGAAGGACUUGGACAGGCUCCCAACGUGGCUGGAUGCUGACAAGCAGCCACAGAUCUGCGGGGCCCUUUGUAGCUGGCUGGAGGCGCAGGAUAACCUCACAUACUGUCAGGGCAUGCACGCCAUGAUGUCGGUGUGCAUGCUGGUGGUGGAAGACCGUCCGGCGGAGGCGGUUCAGAUCUUCGAUGGCCUCGCCAGCAGCGUGGACAAGGACAUCUUCCACGCGGAGAGCAGUCGGAUGCCAGGGGCACUGGCAAAGAUGAGAGCAGAGCUGAUGGGCGUCCUGCGCGAGAAGAGCCCAAGGCUCCAUGAGCGAAUGGUGCAGGAUGCGUUUCACCUGCAUGUGGUGGAUGCCAUGAUCAUGGGCUGGACCUUUGACAUGUUCAGCCAAAAGCUGGAGAAAGAGCCCUUGCUGGCUCUGUGGCAAGGACUGCUUGCAUCCCAAGAUCCCAGGAGGAUGCUGCUGGAGUUUGCAGCCAACUUGCUCAUCGACGGGCAGCCGCUCUUCACAGGCACGGAGCUCUCUGAGGCCAUGGGCGUAAUUCUGAAGCUUCCAGAGAGGCUGCAAACUGCAGCAGAGGUGGCGCGCAUCAUGAAGCUCGAGCCCGAGCCGGAGGAGGCGGAAGAGCCGAAGGAGCCGGUGGAGCCGGUGGAGCCAAUGCAGCCGGAAAAGAAUUCAGAGCCAGCAGCCCAAGCGGCGCCGCCUGUGCCCGUGCCCGCGCGCGGUGCCAAAGUGCGACGGCUCGCCACGAACUGCAUGCCGAUGCCACGCACGCGCGGCCCCUGGAAGGCCCUGGCUGUGGUGAUCUUCCCGCUGGUCUGGGCGCUUGGCCCAAAGCCGCACGUGUCGCCGAAGCCGAAGCCGAAGCUGCGGAUGCCACAGAUCCGGAUCCCGAGGCUAAACAUGCCACGGCUUCCAAUGCUGAGCCCAAAGAAGGCAAGGCCCCAGUGCCACCAGAACGUGCCACUGCCAGUCACAAAGCAUGACUAA